AUGUUUCCAGAGAAUUUCGUUUUCCGGAGGGACGAGACACCGUUUUCAAACUUUUUUACAACUUACAGAAAUGUUCUCACAAUGGGCGCGCUCGUGAUCGGCUUGUCGAUCUUUUUCUAUACCGGUUUUCAAUUUAUGUUUGAGAAUUUUGCAGAUCUCUCCCGGUCACUGUACGCUCUCUACCGAAUCCAAGACGAAUUCGAGUCAGAUCCCGAGCAUCAACCAUUCUUUCAAUUCAUGUUUGAGAACAUGAUCAAUCAAAAGCAUUUCCCGGUUGAUAUACCGGCUCUUUUUCUUUUCUCUGGUUAUAUGAUGUAUUUAAUG